AUACGUUAGUUUACCCGACGCCGGUUAGUCAGUCAAUACACCUAACGAAAAAUUAUUUAUUUCGGCUAGUUUAAAACUGCACGCGUCGAUUGUUUUCGGAAAACGUCAGUUCCAUAUUGGUAUUAAAAUUCAAGUACACAUAGUCUCUAUAUGCUAUAAAAUCAAAUAUUUAAUUUUUCGUGAAUUUAUUUUUAGUGUUAUUUCUGUGUAAAAAAAAAAUUUGUUUUUAAAUUGUGUUGUUUAUAAUGUGAUUCUAAUAUCAUGAUAUCAAGAUGGUCAUGUUACAAAUAUAAAUAUCGGACACACUUGAGGUGGUGGCUGCCCGAGUACACGGCGAAUGGGAUGCGAGAUUAUCGUACGAACACAUCACUCGUUUUGAACUUAAUCAACGAUUCCCGCCGUUGUUAACAAGCAACGAAAAUGGGCUUAACCCCGAUUAAGUUACCGUACCAGUCGGCCAAAAAUCGAUUAUUUGGCGUACAACCCCGGAUGUCAUCCAGCUUUCAGCAAAUACCGACUUUCAACAUAAACGACCCGUACAGUCAUGAUCGACAGCCGAAUCGACGGACCACCAGACGGAAUGGGUUACCUAUCAACAUGCUCGUCUCCCAGCAAAAGAGGAUCAGCAACAGUCGACUAGCGGUCAUCAUAUUUGGCGUUGUAGCUUUAGUAGCUGGACUAAUACUGUCUUCAGUUCCAUGGGUUCAUUAUAUAAUUUUAAAGAACUUGAAAAUAUGGAAUGGCACUUUAAGUUAUCACUACUGGCAAAAACCCGGCGUAUUAAGACUGACAAAAGUAUUCAUAUUCAAUGUUACCAAUCCCGAUGGCUUCUUAUAUAACGGUGAGAAGCCAAAACUUCAAGAAAUUGGUCCAUUUGUUUAUAGAGAAAACAUGGAAAAAGUUAACAUUCAUUUUAAUAACAACGGUACGGUGACGUACCAACACAAAAAAAUUUUAGAAUUCAUGCCACAUCUUUCAGUUAUCAAAAAUGAUGAAAUCAAACUAACUGUGCCAAAUAUUCCCUUAUUAACAUUGACUACACAAGCAAAUAGCUUACCAUCAAUAUUAAAAAGUUCACUUUCGGCAAUUUUAAGAUUUUCUAGUUUAACACCGUUUAAACAUGUUACCCCCCAACAAUUAGUUUUUGGUUAUGACGAUCCAUUAACUUCUCUAGCAAACUCAUAUUAUCCAAAAGGGAAAAGACCACCCAAACAAAUGGGACUUUUCUUAAUGCGAAAUGGUACACUAGACGAAGUUUCGACGAUAUACACGGGUCAUAAUGGAAUGGAGAACUUUGGACUUCUCGAUCGUGUAAAUGGAAUGGAAGAGUUACCAUUUUGGAAAGGAUCUUGUAAUUCUAUAAAAGCAUCUGAAGGUUCAUUUUUCCCUCCAAGAGAAUUUACUAAGUCUGAUUUAGUACACGUGUAUGACAAAGAUUUAUGCCGAGUAUGGGCACUUCGGUACCGAAAAGAUGUGGUCAAAGAUGGUAUUACAGCAGGAUACUAUACGCCUGAUGACAACCUUCUCGAAACUGUUGAUAAAAAUCCUGAUAAUGCAUGUUUCUGCGAAGACAACACUGACUGCACAGUUAAAGGGUUGCAGUACAUUGGGCCUUGUCAAUUUAAUGCUCCAGUUUACUUAUCGUUUCCUCAUUUCUACAAAGCUGAUCCAAAACUUUUGGAAGAUGUAGAGGGUCUUUCACCAGAUCAAGAAAAACAUGAAACAUUUUUAAAAAUUCAACCCAGACUGGGAGUACCGUUAGAAGCCCGUGUGAAGGUCCAGCUCAAUUUAAAAGUUGAACAAUCCAAUAUUUACCCGACGUCCAACUUCAGAAGCAUUACAUUUCCGAUUAUGUGGCUUGAAGAGGGCGUGAGCGACUUGCCAGAAAACAUUCAUCGCUGGAUAUACAUGGCCACUACAUUCGUAGACACAGCUGUGCCGUUGUUCACAUACGGACUUAUCCUCGGCGGUGCAUUAGUACUGGUCGCAGUGUUUGUCCGCACAUAUCACCAAAUUGUAUUUUCACGGGAAAACAUCGAACGCGGCAGACAAAGUAUCCUGCGAAGAGGCAGCAGUAUGCUGGUCAACGGCCAACAUCGGUUACUGAUUGUCCGUGAAUCGUACCAUCGGAUAAGCAACACCAUGCAAGAAACAGACGUGGACGCACAACAGCUUCUAUCGUGAACUAAAGACUAUAUACUUAUAUUUUAACGUACCUAUAUAAUGAUUUUGAAAUUUGGAAACCUCUACCAUCACCUUUACGUUUUUUGUACAAGAGACGCGAGUGAUAUGCUAAUAAACUAUUGUGUAGUCUAAACUGUGAUAUAGAUAACGAAAAAAUGCACAAAUGUUUAAUUAUGUUCAUGUAGACAUCAGAACAAACAAAUUCUCAAAUUGGACUGUGAUACGAAUUUUAUAGAUGAAGACAUUUUUUUUAUAUAUAGUAUAAAAUAAGAUAAACGAAAAUAAUCAAACAUAAUAUUAUAUGCCUUGGUUUUGAGGCAGAAUUAAAUAUUGAAAGUUUUUCAGCUCAUAUUUAAAUUUAAUUGAAAUAAAUCACAAUUGAAUUAAAAUUUGGAUAGAAAUAUUGUUGAGCUAUACACCUAACAACCGUGAUGUAGUUAUUUCAUUUAUUCAUUGAAGAAUAAACAAACUAUUGAUUUAAAUUAAAUCAAUGAAACAUUAAGGUGCUCUUAUUUUAUAAUUCUGAUUAUAUAAUACUAUAUACCAAUACGUUUUUAUGAAAUUAAAUUAAUUUUAUGUUCAAUCAUAAAGUAAAGCCAAAUAUCUAAAUAUCUAAUGAUAAAUAGACUUAAUUAUUAGUAUCACAAUAGUAUUAUGACUGGACAAAGAAUUUAAUGUUGAUAACCAAUUUAGUAUAAUAUUAAUAUGUAAAUAAUAUAAAUACCUACAUGAUCUUUUGUUUCUGACAAAUCUUAAAAUUAAUAGGGCAUUUAUUACUUAGUUUUUUCAUUGUUAUUAUUAAUACAUCUAUUUAUGUUUAGAAAAAUAUAUUUUUGAUUAUUUUCUACGUGCACACUCAUUUGCUCAAUCUAAAAAUCAAACAUCGGCAACAAUUUCAUCGUUACCAUAAUAUUAUAUUAUGUACAUUCAUUUUUAUGAUGAAUGUGUUACUUAUUAAUUUAACAUAAGAUUCGACUUGUGUUUUACUAUUAUUAUUUAUUCAAAUAGAAAAUAUGUACAGUGUAUAAUAAAUUCAUUUCAUAUUAAUUUUAACUCAUUUUUAUGUCUAGAAAAAUAUGUAUCAAAUAAUUUAUAAUUUGGGUAGGUGCAUUGAGAAAAUGACAUGACGUCAUGACCUAUGAAUAAAUUAACUGUCAGAAUUAUUUUGCUAUUGUAACGUUUUCGUCAGAAUAUAAUAUUUAUAUUAUCCAAAAAUAUUUUGUACUGUAUAUGAACAUUUUUAAUAAAUCUUUUUUAAUUAAU